ACAAGCCCAAACAUAAAGUCAUGCUUUGGUGGAUUUCUCCUAAACACUUUGCAAGAUCUUCUCUUUGCUUUUUUUUUUCCUACUAGAGCAUUACUUAAACAUGGAUUUCUCUGGGAUAGCAUAAUAAAAGACUACUAUAUUUUGAAAGACGCCCACCUAAGACUGGACCUCAUGCUUAUCUUGUGAAGCAGAACUUAUUAAAAAGACCUUACCAUGUAAGUUAAUGAACCUUAGUAGUAGGUUAAAUAUGUUGACGCUUUCAGGACCCAGAGGCAGUUGCCUGCUGCCUGUUGAUAAUAAGACUUUGCUCUAUUAUCUUUGCCCCAGUGUCUUCCUUUUCUGUUCCAACAAGCUCAACAUUUAACAACCCAUCAUGAGCCUGACAUCUAACAUGUGUGUUGUUUUAAAUGUGUUAUCUGAAACUUGGAAAGUUUUUAAAAACGUACUUUUGCAAAUUAGUACAUAUCUCUUCAUUUUACGUCUCUGUCGUGUCGCCAUGAGGACGGUGGGCGGGAUCUUUGCGCUGAUAGGAAGUUGCUCGGAUACAGUCAAGAUUGGCAGUGCUCCGUCUUCCGGUUCAAUCGGCUGUGCGCAGAAGUUGCUAGUUACAGGAGCCAUAAUGGCGUUUGUAGUCUCCUUGAGCUAGGGCUGUGGAUGAUAUUAAAUCCACUAGCAUCGCCCUAAAUAUAGGCCUGGUUGAUUUCCAGAGCCAUUGAUAAUAAACUGGAACAUCUCCUGCACACGAAAAUAUUAUAAUUUCUUAUCAAUAUUGAAUUUAUAGGGGAUAAAACUUACAUUAAAGGGAACAUGUAAACAGUACCAACCGGGUCAAGUUUUCAUUUUGUUGGAGAAACGAGCGUCUUUUAAUGAAGGCAUUUGCUUGUUUCUGAAUGCUAAGACCGUAUUCUGUGGAAUAAAAACACCUUUACUUAACUUGGCACCGGACAAGGACAGCUUUCACAAAGGGACUUUUUUUCUUUUUUAGGAGUCAGCUCGCUAGCUGCCGAGCUUUAGCUAGCUGUGCUAGCUAAACUGAGACGGAGACGACACCACAAUGAUCCGAUGUUUGGUUGGAGUCUUUUUCAUUCGCUGACUAACUGAAAGUACAAACUUCGCAGCACUGGAAAACCAACUUGGCAUUUAUCUGCUUUGACGAAAUAUGCUGGCGAUCUCAAUGGAAUGAAUUGGCAUUGAGGAGAAGUGGACGUAAGCGGCCUGGUGUGUUUAUUUUUGUAUUUUCUUGUCCUGAUUCUGCUUAGUAAGACUUGUUUUGACAUUUGGAGUUGCUACUGGUCUCCUGUGAAUGAAUUGCCUGGAUCACCGAGGCCAAGUCGCAGAAGAGGCACCGACGCCGACGUGAGGGAUGCCUGGGUCGGACCGACACCAUGGGACCAAGAGGAAGCCGGAAUCUAGCAUCGGUGGUGUGCCACACCAGAACCAGGGCCCGACUCAUACCUCUGCGGGAGACAUGAUGAGCAAGGACGGCAAGGUGCAGUUAAAAACUUCAAUGUCCUCCUCUUCUUUAAAACGCAAACGGCAUAAAUCAACAAAACAUAAUCGGGAAUCCUUGGCGGCACCUGACGAUUUUACCCUCGGCGAUACGGCGCCUCCUGGUGUCAACACGGUGAAGCCUCUAGUGGAGUACGACGAUAUUAGCUCCGACUCGGACACCUUCUCGGACCCACCGUCCUCCAGGCCUUUUGAGAGGGGGGGAAAUCGACUGGAACCCUCGCCAGACUACGAUAGGGAUAUUGGCGAAGAAGAAGGUAAUAGAGAGAGCAGGGGGCACAGACACCCACGAAAAAAGUCCAAGGACACUAACAAAGUUAGAGAAUCUGGAAAUGGAGAACGUGGGUACAAGAAAAAGAGCAGUAAAGAUCGCGAGAAAGUGACUUCUGGAAAGGGCAAGGAGGAGGCCUCGUCAGGCUCCUCAUCUAAACGCCAGGUGCCGUCAGAGGGUGACUCCAAACGUGGGGAGCUGAUGCUCUCCUCCCAGGCACCGCCUGCAGCCAGUGUAGGUAGCACUACUUCUUCCACAUCCUCAUCUCGCAGUAAGGAGAGCAGCCGCUCAGGGAAGUCUCGCAAAGACAGGCAACAGCGGAGAGAAGGCCGAGGGGAGGCCAGUCGCAGCUCCUCCCAGAGGAGCCGGACAGAUAGAAGCCAUCGCAAGUCCUCUAAGAGCCACAAGUCAAGCCCGAAGGGGAAGUCUUCAAGUAGGGGUAGCCCACGGAGAAAGGGCACCAGCUCUGCAUUGUCGCCGAGUCCCAGAAGAGGGGCCGGCAGUGAGAGUCCACUGGGCAGUGGGUAUGGACAUCAGGGGGAUGACAGCUACUCUAGACGGAGGGCGGCCCAGCAAAGCCCGAGUCCCUAUGGUGAUGUGUCUCGUCGUAGCAGGCAGAGAUCAGACAGCCCCUACGGCAGCAGACACAGGUCCUCCAGCUUUGAGAGGGACAGCAGCCCUUACUCUAGGAGACGCUCCAUGAGCCCCUAUGGUAACCGCAGGUCCUCCAGUACGAGCCCCAUGUCUCGACGCUCGGGCCGCUCCAGGAGUCGCUCCCCUCUGCACUACUCUUCUUCUCGCCGCUCCUCCUCUCGUUCCCGCGGUAAGAGGCACACCUCCUCUGCUGGAACAGGGAGCAUUUCCCACAGUAGCCGGCCAGCUAGCCGCUCUCCUCCUUCGUCACGUCUGCCCCUCAAUUCCAGCUUGGGUGCAGAGUUGACCCGCAGGAAGAAGGAACGCCUGGCUGCUGAGGCGGCUGCUCGUGCUAGUGGAGGCGGCUCUCCACUUCCGACAGCUCAAAAAACUUCAAGCUCCUCAUCCUCACGGCCUGCUAAAGCUGAAGCUCUACAGCCAGAAAAAGAUGCAACAGCAGUAGCAGCAUCAGAACCUCAGCCCCCACCAACCCAGCAGUUAUCCCAUGAUGUUCCCAAUGCUGAUGAGCUGAUGACUGCAACUCUAACUUCCUCUUCAAACAACUCUCCUGCACCACCGCCUCCUCCUCCACAGCCCUCUUCUCCAGCGCCACCCAAUCCAGCCACACAGGUUCCACCACCACCUCAGGCAGAAACAAAUAUUCAGCCUCCUACACCCUCAACCGUAUCACAGGCUAAAUCGCCAGCGUCGGUUCCUGCUCGCAGCCCUGUCCGUCAGACCCCACUCCACAAGACUUCGACUCUUCCUCCCCUGCCUCUACCACCUGCACUGCUGGGAAAUGCUCAGGACAGCCCAAAGAAAUCCACUCCUCCCCAGAGGCCAUCAAGAAAGGACAAAGAAGGUCGCAACCGCCCUUCUAUCAUUGACCUGCCUUUACCGCCCACCUUGCUUGGAGGGGACUCUUCACCCCCACAGUUACCUGUCCGCCAGCCUCCUCUCUUACCCCAGACAGCCCUUAAGAAGAGACCAAAGAUUUGUUGCCCGCGAUAUGGCGAGCGCAAACAUACCCAAAGUGACUGGGGCAAACGGUGUGUAGAUAAAUUUGAUAUAAUUGGCAUCAUAGGGGAAGGCACCUAUGGGCAAGUGUACAAGGCUAAGGACAAAGACACUGGUGAACUGGUGGCUUUGAAGAAAGUGCGUUUGGACAAUGAAAAAGAGGGCUUCCCCAUCACAGCUAUCAGAGAGAUUAAGAUCUUGCGGCAGCUCAAACACCGUAGUGUUGUCAACAUGAAGGAAAUCGUCACUGACAAGCAGGAUGCACUUGACUUUAAAAAGGAUAAAGGAGCUUUUUACCUGGUGUUUGAGUACAUGGACCAUGAUCUGAUGGGCCUGCUGGAGUCAGGCCUGGUCCAGUUCUCCCAUGAGCACAUCCGCAGCUUCAUGCGUCAGCUGAUGGAGGGCCUGGACUACUGCCACAAAAACAACUUCCUGCACAGAGACAUCAAAUGCUCCAACAUACUGCUAAAUAACAAAGGUCAGAUCAAACUGGCUGACUUUGGUUUGGCUCGUCUUUACAAUUCAGAGGAAAGCCGGCCAUACACUAAUAAAGUAAUCACACUAUGGUAUCGUCCCCCUGAGCUUCUGCUGGGAGAGGAGAGAUAUUCUCCAGCCAUUGAUGUUUGGAGUUGUGGGUGUAUUCUUGGAGAGCUCUUUACGAAGAAGCCCAUCUUCCAGGCUAACCAGGAACUUCUGCAACUAGAGCUGAUCAGCCGACUGUGUGGGAGUCCCUGUCCGGCCGUUUGGCCUGAUGUCAUUAAACUUCCAUUGUUCAACACAAUGAAACCCAAGAAGCAGUACAGACGGCGACUACGGGAGGAGUUUGCACAUUUACCUACUCCUGCCCUGGACUUACUGGACCGAAUGCUGACCCUUGACCCUGCACGCCGUUGCACAUCAGAGCAAGCUCUCUUCAGUGACUUCCUGCAUGAUGUUGAGCCCAACAGGAUGCCACCACCAGACCUUCCUCAUCAUCAAGACUGUCACGAGUUGUGGAGUAAGAAGAGAAGGCGUGCACGUCAGAGUGGGGUUGUCGAGGAUGUGCCUGUGCCCAAAGUGCCCCGUAAAGAUGUGACAGGGACCUCCAGUGGAGAGAACCCUCGUCCCCCAAGCAGCCCCACUGGAGCUCCACCACCUCCCCCAGGAAAACCACCCUCCACAACCAACAUAGAGAGCCUGGCAUCGGCUGCAGAGCAGUUGAAUCAGACAGAGCUGGCAGUGCUGCUAAACCUUCUCCAGGGACAGGCAGACGCCUUGCCCCAGGUUGCUCAGCUCCUCAACCUCCCCAAUCCAGAGACUCUCAGCCAGUUGUUGUCUGCUGUUAGUGAGGCCUCUGACCACCAGGGGGCACCAGAGGACCAGACCCAGGCAGCUUCCAGGUCUCAGCCCCCAGAGCCGCCUCCUGAACCCCAAGAGAUCUCACCGACAUCUGGAGAUCCGCCACUCAGCCAGGAAGACCAGGCCAAGCUGCUGGCUCUCCUUUUGGGCCAAAUUAUAAAGCCACAAACCGAGGAGCAAGGCGAUGAAAGUAAUGGCGUUCAGUCAGAGGAGGCACUAACGCGCGGUUCGUCCGCUUCUACUACUGAUUGCAAGGAUGGUGCAGUGACAAAAAGAAAAAAGCUUGGGGCCAACCAGGGGCCUUCAACUGUUGAGCAACGUCCACCCUCUCCACCAGGUCCACCUCCAUCAACUCUUGGAAACUCCCAGCAGGCUGCGCCAGAAACGCAACCCAGCCAGGACAUCAGCCCUGCUGUAGCAGCCGCCUUGCUCCAGCUCAUCUCUCAGCAGGACUCGGAAUGUGGUGCCUCACAGCGCAGCAACGAUCCUUCUCCUACUGUGGAUGCUCUUGCCCACAGACAGUGCCCUCCACCAUGGGUUGCAAGCUCUCCACCUAAACCUUCAGCUGCAGCUGAAGCCCCAGCAGGACUCGCGACUGCUGCUCCUACCACUGCAGCACAGUUUCCCAAAGACCAGGACCUCCGCUUUUCCCAUGGAGCUGCCCGCUGACCCUCAGUCCCCCGUCGAGAUCAACCUGGGUAUCGUGGGACUGGUCCAGCAAUCCUGGCCUAUAGGGAAAUGCAGAGGGACACCUACAGAGUAUGACUCACUGGAACCUGUGCAGGUAGUGAAAGUUGGAUCAAAGAUUUUGAUAAUGAAUGCCUGAAUGAAAGAGAUCUGGGGUAUUUUUAGAAGUGGUCAUGAAUAUCUCUGCCUGCAGAAUGAGCUGUCAUGUGGUGUUAUGGUUGGAGUAUCUCAGCAGGUUAGUCUGACUUUCAGCGGUUAUGGAUACUCUCCAUCUGCAAACCCUUUCUCUCUCCUCUACACUGAAGGGUCUGGUGUCGAAUGAAGUGUAGCUUCCAAAUUGAGUGUUACACCGCUGACAAGCAACUUUGAAAACAAAUACAAUAUCUUUUUUUUGCCCUAGAACAAAUGAUUGUCAUGUGCACAGCAGUGCCCCCCUUCUAACAGGAUUACCAGUGUUUUGGAGAAUGAAGUAAUUAUGCUCCACCCUGACAGUCUGAUAGAUUUGUUGAAGUUAAUUGUUGCAUAAGGGUACAUUUAAGGAAAUGACCUCAGAAGAUCUGACUUUUUCUGUUCAUAUUCGAGCUCCCCUCUUCUCAUCUUUGUGCCUCCACUCUGACCCCGGCGACCCUUGAUUGAUCUUGGCCUAGUGUGAAAAUGUGGGCUAAGUUUCUGCUUUGAAUGGCACCGGUGUACAGGUUACUUGGAUGACGCACUCGUGUCAUCACCUAAAAUUAACUCUGCUCACUUUAAGGUAUCGCUUCUUUACAUACAGCAGAUCUUUGUGUCGUAACAAGCCUGUAGUGCUCAUGUUCCUGUCUCAAACAUGGAAUAAACUGCAUUUUGAUGAACUGCUCCAUAAUGCACAUACUCUUCUGCUAAAUGAAUGCAAAGCUAGAAACAUACAGAAACACAUUUUCCCAGCUUCUUCUAGUAGGCUUUGAAAGCCUCGUUGCAUACGUCUGCUCCUCA